GUUGUCAUUACGUUGAUCGCUCACAUGAUUCAAUGAGAAGAUCUGAUUGAAGAGGAUGCAUGCUUUUUGUUCACGCUAGCCAUCGUAGGGUCUAUCUUCCCGUUGGCCUUGAUACAGCUAGAUUCUCAGUCUCCCAGUACAACUGUGCAUGCAGUUCUUACACAACUCAGGCUUCGUCACAUCUGAGAUGUCUGCAAUAUCAUGCAUUCCAUGACAUACUGCUUUCACAUCACACUAUCUUUCCUAAUAACUUGAUUCCAGAUCCUCCUGCAGAGCUAUCAUCUUGUCGACUUAGCUCGGUCACCAGUGCACAUCAAACCCUUCUCUCUCCCUUAUACCUUUCGAUAGACGUGAAGUCUUUUUUUGCCACACGAUCUACGAUUUAGCUCGGAACCAGAAUCGUGGUCUUCUGUGUUCAUUUUGAGUCCCAUCGCUUAUCCCGAGCUCGAGCAGCCUUAUACUUCCACUUUGCCCAAUAUCCCUGAGUUUAUGGUGAUUGCUGAUGAUCCGCGCAUCGGCAGAUCUCGGAGUGAUAUUUGUGUCGCUACUUGUUCACAGUGCAAGAAGUCUCAUUCCCCAGCAGAUCAAUUUUCUUCGGGAGAACCGCGAUUUCGGAUUGAGGAGAGGGACUCCGGCGGUUACAUUUCGAGAGGAGGAGGAGGAGGAGAGAAAGGAAGGUGCAGGUGCGUCCAUCAUCAGUCACGCUGCUUAACUUGCGACACGGGAAAUGGAGCUUCCCUCCACCAUCCUGGACCUUGUACAUCGUCUGGAAGGACAAGGCGAGCCUAUGAAGGAGCUUCCCGAUUUAAGCGGGCCAGAAUUUCUGGAGUUCUUUCCGACUGGAAGACUCUUGCUCGAUGAUCACUCGACUGCAGGACAAGUGCGCAGUCGAGUGCUGAAGGCCAUCGGCAGUUGCAACACCUUUGAAUAUCUGAACGUAGAAGAUAUUUUUGGUGGAGAUAUAUCGAGGUUGACGGCAAGGGAGUGGGACGUAGUUUUCAGAGGUUUCAGAUCUAGCACUGUUCUACGAAUGAUAAGCGUUUAUCAUUUGAAAUGUAAUUCAGAGGAAGUGAAGACCUUGGAAAACUUGUGCUUACAGCUGGGGAGAAUUCUGGAGUCCUCUAGUGUAACAGAGCUGAAACUGUACAAUUGCAGAUUGAGUGCCAGAUGUUUCGCGAAGCUUGCCUCAGAAGUACGAGGUUCUAGUUCUAAACUCCAGUAUUUAGAACUAGAGGACGCGUGGGAGGACUCGAGUGCGGUGAAGCAUGUGGCUGACAUAAUCGAGAGUGCUCCUCUAUUAGAAACGUUGCGUUUAGGCGGCUAUUAUAACGUUGAGGAGGAUGAAACCGUUGGAAUCCUGUCCCAGGCGUUGAUCAAGAGCUCGUCCCUGAAAGAAUUGGACUUAGGAGGUGGGGUGAAGUGGGGAGCUGCCUUGUUGCUGAAAGCAUUGGCGGGAGACGAUGGCAACCGAUCCAUUGAACGUGUUCGGCUGUGGCGUAUGGAUAGAAUCGGAGACUUUUUGAAGGAGCUUUUUUCUUCCAGCGCAUCGUUGAAGGAAGUGGAGUUGCCCCACUUCCGAAUGCGUCCUGAGGAAGUGCAGCAGCUCGGCGAAGUCAUACGUGACAAUUCUAUAGCGACAACUAUACUUGCUAAGUUUGACGCGGAAUUAUUUGACUGGGCUUCAAUAGAAGCUCUUGCGCGUUCUGCUAGCUCCGAUGUCAAGGACCCCACACUGGAGCUUGAACUCUAUACUACUAGGGAAGAUGAAGUGAUAUCAUCAUUAAACCUAUUAGGUAGGGUACUGUGCGGGGAAAUCAAAUCUGUAAAAUCUCUGAGUAUACGGGAGGCGUAUAAAAAAAUAAUCACUUUCAGUAUCCUCCCGAUGAAUGGGAAUACUGGAGAAACUUCAGCAGUCCUGAAGAGAUUGGGAUUAUCUGUUCGAAGCGAAGAUCUUUCGAAGGGAGUAUGGGAGGAGCUGCUUCGGUGCAUGCGAGGGAACCACCUCACUCACUUGGAUUUGUCUGACUCCCAACUCGACGAGGAGGCGUUCAGGGACCUGAUGGGGGUGCUGCAAGGGAACCACCUCACUCACUUGGAUUUGUCUGACUCCCAACUCCACGACGAGGCGUUCAGGGACCUAAUGGGGGUCCUGCAGGUGAACUUGGCUCUCCAGGAAAUCGACGUCUCACGAACAUGGUGGGAAAGUGACGGAAAGGCGGCGCAGAUUCAACAGGCCCUGCAGCAGAACAAGGAGCGGGCCGUCUACAUGUCCGUGUUCCGAGAAGCGAACUUAACAUUCGGAGAUGCAAAAGCUGGCCGACUCUUCUUAUGCGGCUGUCCUCGAGCAGGCAAGACUCAAUUGCGUCAAACCUUGAUGAGGAUAAAUCAAGGCAAAAGCUGGCUAGACAAUAAAUGGGAGAAAUUGUCUGGAACCAAAGGCAUUGAGGUGGAGUUUUUGGUAAACAAUGACAAUAUGCAAAUCUCAGUUUGGGAUUUUGCAGGACAAUGGAUUUUCCGUACCCUUCAAACUGUACUCUUCUCUCAAACCUACAAUUUUUGUGUUUUUCUUUUUGUGUAUAGCACUUUAUGUGAAGAAACAUCUUCAACCAAACCAGAAUCUUGUUUCAGAACUGAGUUGGAAGAGUGGUUGAGUUUUAUCACAUCUAGCACCAAGGUCACGGGGCGUGAUCUUCCCCAAGUUAUUGUUGUGAUUUCUCACAAGGAUAAAUUCAAAUCUAGCUUUUUGAGUUUGGCUCACCCCAUAGUGGAAGAAUUGACUAAAAGAUUCACAAAAUUUGUGGAUCUUCGCCCUAUUCAAGAGUGUUUCUAUGUGGAUGCUCGGAAGAAGAAGCAAGUUAGCUCUCUUAACAGACACAUAAUUGAGACUUUCCACAAGUUGUUGAGUGAGAAAUCCCCACAGGUUCCGGAAUUGUGUUUACAACUCACCUCUCUCUUGAUUACAAACACCAAAGAGAACAAAAGUUUUCCUUUGUGGACAUCCCAAAAGUUUUAUGAUUUCUGUGUUCCCACCUUGAAAAAAUUCAUUCCAUCAUUAUCUGCUCAUCUUGAUGAUCAUUCCAAGAUCAUUUUUGAAUCUAUUAUAUCCUAUUUGAAUGAUGUUGGAUCCAUCAUUUACAUCCCCAACCUUGAUUACAUCAUUGUAGAUCCCAACUGGCUCACUAAUACCUUCUUGGGUGAGCUGAUAGCUCUGGGUCAAAACUUUCAAGCUCAAGAGCCAGAGUCUUCUUAUAGAAUGAGCUCAUACGCAAGCAAGGACGGAUUUGUGAGCGAGGUUGUCUUUGCUGGACUGAUAGAGAAGUUUCUGAGAAAGCAACCACGCUUUCAACAUGUAGAUAGAAAGGUGCUUGAAAACAUUCUCAUCAAUUUAGAUUUUUGUUUCAAACUGGAAGAUUCUUCUCAGUAUUUCAUUCCUUCCUUCAUCCCUGAGCAUGCAAGCAAGGAGGAACAGAAUCAUGGAGAAGGGGCCCACGCGAAGUCGAUGGAUUGGGAAAACAGAGGUGACACUCCACAGUUUGUCGGCAUAAGGAUUCAAUGCAAAGAUGAAAGAACAAUGUCCCUGACUGCUGCUUUUUUUCCACGCUUCCAGAUGUUCAUGAGACGCAAGUUGAUAUCCGAGGAGAUGGGUGCUUCUGAGGAGAAUGUUAUCUGCUCUCGACAUUAUCUACGACUUUUCCAUGACGGGCAUCAGAUAUACAUCGAGCACGUUCAGAGUGAAAAGUACUCCACAUGUGUAGAUGUUCUGAUGUUAUGCUCCAGUCAGACGUCCAAGGAGAAGGCUAUUACAUAUGUGAGGAAACAUAUCGUCCAGGAGUUGAUAUCAUUUUGCGCAUCACCAAAAGGCUGUCCCGGGGUGGUGUUAGUGUUCGGUUUGAUCCAAACUUUUUGCGUGGAGAUGUUGAUUCCGAUUCAUCUGAGAACAACCAUUCUGAUCGAGAAGCUGAAAUUGGACUUCAAAAAUAGCAUCAAUGAAAAACUUGAAGAAAUGCCGGUGGAAAGGUCGCACUUGAUGGAGAAGGAAGAGUUGUUUCACUAUGAGCACUGUUGGCCUCCGAUUAGAAGAUACACCGGCCAAAUAUCUGAACUAGCAAGGGAUUUGUUGUGGGAGAGCGAUGUGGAUGCAGUUGUGAAUGAGAUUCGACAGGAACGAAUUGAAGAAUUGAAGUCAUUGCAGGAAGGUUUACUUAGAGUGGACAAUGAUUUGACUAAGUGUUAUCCUGAAGCUGAAAACAUGGUUAGCUACUCGAAUUUUCCCCAGAUGAAAGACCGCAAACCAUCCACAUCCAGGUACUUGAGUCGGGCCAGCACAAGUGUGGAGAAUCGUUCGACUCGACUUCUAUUGUUCAAUAUCGACCCGCUAGAAGAAAAGCUAGUACAAAAGGUUGAUGGUUUGGAAAGAAAGAUGAUACAGAAGGUUGAUAGUUUGGAUGAGAGAUUGAGAUCAGUGAAUAACACUCUGGAGAAAUUGGAGAUGAAGAUGGGACAUAUACUCUCUGUGCAACAAGAACUGCAGUCAACGUUGAUUGUCUUCAUGUCUAAGGUGGAUAGGAUCAUUGGCUAUUCGCAAGCGUUUCAGCAGGGGAAUACGCCCAAACGACCUUACGUUACGGACGAUGUGGGAUAUUUAUAUAGGUUGAGUGCAGGUCUGCAUGUCGGGACAAUUGUUCGAUUACACUUGAUGUGUGAGUCGGUGACUGGGUUUCACUUUGUCAAAGAUCAAGAAGGGUUGAAGUUACGAUUGGAUUUGGACAAGUGGGGGUUGAUUCGGAAAACUAUUGAAAUUUCAUACAAAGUCAUAUAUUAUGCUGCAAAGGCUGCACUGACUAAGUUCUGCAAGUUGGGCGAUGUGAUUCCGGCCUGGGCAGAUUUGGAAUCAGAUAUAGUUAAACUAGAUGUUAGCAGUGAAGAUCGCAAGGCAGUUCUAACAGGUGGGGAUAGCCAGGAGCUGCAAGAUGCAUGGUUGAGGAUUCAGCAAAUUCUUGCGCCUGAGCUUCAAAAUCGCUAUUCCAAAAUCUUCAAAUUGUAUCAGGUGAAGUAUGUGAGUUUAGAAAAAGGUAGGCAUGCAUGGGUGUGCGAGAAGUGCAUGAGUAAAGGCCUUCGUUGUGGAAUUUUGACAUGUUAGGAUUUUGAAGAGGUUAGAAUGCCAAUAUGCAAUCGACAAGCACACGUUGAGACCCUCAUGCAAUAUGUAACUCUGCAAAAUUU